GUUUGUUUGACCCAGACCCAAAUCUCACGAUAAUUCAAUCUCAGAGACGUUAAAAAACGCGAUUUUAACAAAACGUAUCUACAACAAUGUUGGGCAUAUUUAAAACCAGCUUUAUUUUUCUCAUUUUAAUAAUCUGGGAUACUUGCCGGUAAAUUAAUGUGUCUUGUUUUCGCCGGUCUGCCCCGGGAGAUCAGUGUGCUUGUCGACAGAGCAACUUUCUCCAUGUGACGUGUUUGUCGGAGGAAACGCAAGUCGGGGGAGAUACCGACAUGAUCUGUGGAAACUGUUUUUCGGUCCUUUAACCGUUUUGAUAAGCUGUAGUCGAUUAACGUCGCUGAAAAUGUUGAUGAGUUGCACACUAACGGUUUGUGAGUGACAGAGGUGGGUGUUUUUCUUUUUCAAAGCGCUUUGUGUCGGUUGGGUUUGGCGAGUAACUCAAAACAAACAUUGAGUCAAGUAUCAACAGGUUUUGAGUAAAAUGACGCUCAGAGUAACCGAUUCCGAUUGAAGAUUGUGCCAUUUUUGGUGAUGGGCUCGGUGACUUCUGCUCUAACGAGGACAAGAAACGCGUUGGUGAAAGUGGGUUCACAGCCGGAGAACCAUGACCCGGAGAGGAGCCAGUCUGCUCCGGAAUCGGACCGGGCCAGGAAGAGGAGCGCGCGGUUCAACGUCUCGAGCCAAACCGGACGGCAGAGUUCCCGCCAGUCGCUCUCCGAGGUGCUGAGCAGACAAGACUCUGACGGAGCCAAACAAACGUUGAAGAACAGGACUUCUGAAGGUCAACAAAGCGUGGCAAAUGAAGAUGGGGACAGCUCCACCAGACCGCAAGCCAGUUUUGCACGUUCAAAGUCCCAGAGCGCUUUGUGGAAUGCCAUCACGGCGGGGAUGGGGAUCAAAGGCAAAGAGCAGAAGCCCCCCCUGAAUGACCCACGAAGUCCUGAAGAGAUUCUGGCUGAAGAUCUCCCUGCAGCAGAUGAACCAGAUGCCACAGAGAAAACAGCCAUCAGGCGCAAGUACAAGAAGACGUCCCAGAGAUUAAGAUGUCUGGUGAAGCAGCUGGAGAGAGGAGAAGCUUCCCUCACUGACCUCAAGAAAAACCUUGAGUAUGCAGCGUCGGUGCUGGAAUCCGUUUACAUCGAGGAAACGAGGCGUUUGGUGGACACAGAGGAUGAGCUCAGUGACAUCCAGUCAGAGUCGGUGCCCUCAGAAGUGCGGGACUGGCUGGCUUCCACCUUCACCCGCCAGAUGGGCCUGAUGCUGCGACGCAAUGAAGAAAAACCUCGUUUCCGCAGCAUUGUUCACGCCGUUCAGGCUGGCAUAUUUGUUGAAAGGAUGUACCGACGUACCUCCAAUAUGGUGGGACUCAGCUACCCCCCUUCUGUCAUAUCUGUGCUUAAGAAUGUUGACAAGUGGUCGUUUGACGUGUUCGCUCUCAAUGAGGCCAGCGGGGAUCAUGCACUUAAAUUCAUAUUCUAUGAGUUGCUCACAAGAUAUGACCUCAUUAGCCGUUUCAAGAUACCAAUCUCUGCAGUGGUGUCAUUUGUGGAGGCCCUAGAAGUGGGAUACAGCAAACACAAAAACCCUUACCACAACCUGAUGCAUGCUGCGGAUGUCACACAGACCGUGCACUACUUGCUACUCAAGACUGGCAUGGUGCAUUGGUUGACUGAGCUUGAGAUCUUUGCCAUGAUCUUUGCGGCGGCGGUGCACGAUUACGAGCACACGGGGACCACAAACAACUUUCAUAUUCAGACAAGGUCAGACACAGCUAUCCUGUACAAUGACCGCUCAGUGUUGGAGAGUCACCAUGUCAGCGCAGCCUACCGCCUGCUGCAGGACGACGAUGAGAUGAACAUCCUCUACAACCUCUCCAAGGAUGACUGGAGGGAACUGCGGGCUCUGGUGGUGGAGAUGGUGUUAGCCACAGACAUGUCCUGCCACUUCCAGCAGGUGAAGGCCAUGAAGAACUUCCUUCAACAGCCUGAGGGCAUUGACAAGCCAAAAGCCUUGUCCCUGCUGCUGCACACUGCAGACAUCAGCCACCCGGCCAAAAGUUGGGACCUCCAUCACCGCUGGACCACCUCCCUGCUAGAGGAGUUCUUCAGACAGGGGGACAAAGAAGCAGAGCUCGGCCUGCCGUUCUCUCCGCUCUGCGAUCGAAAGUCCACAAUGGUGGCACAGUCCCAGAUCGGGUUCAUAGACUUUAUUGUGGUUCCCACCUUCACUGUGCUGACAGACAUGAUGGAGCGUAUCGUCACGCCGCUCAUUGACGAGGCCUCCCAUUCAGGUUUUGCCGGCUUCAGACGCUCAAGUCUGAAUAGUAUUACCUCAGAGGAGGCCAAGAGGCACAGCGUGAAGAGCAUAGGCUCAGACAGCAGCUCGUCUGGGCAAAGCUCUCUGCUGACAGUGGACAUUAAGAACUUCAAAGCAUUGUGGAAUGAAGAGGUCUAUCAGAACAGAGAGAGGUGGAAAACACAGGCUUGUAAAGAGGCGGAGGAGAGAGCUAAAAAGGAAGCGGAGGAACGAGCCCAGCAGGAAGAGGCUAUGGAGCCCCAGGAGGUCAACACAGAAUCAGAACAGCCUGAACCAAAAGAGGACAAAUUGGAGGGGGAGGCGUCCGAGUCCGCAGAGGCCAGCAGAUCAGCAGAUGGUAACACAGGGGAGACAGAGCAGGGAGCACAGCCUGGAAGCACCACAUACAAGAAUCCUCCUCUGCAGAACGGAGAGUUGUCUGAAGGUGCUGAAUCUCCAGAGGCAGACGAAAACAAGAGCAAAGGAGCGGAUGCAGAGGUAGCGAUGGAAUAAGCCAGCUGUCUGUCAUCUCCACUGUCGAACUGAACCUGCAUUUGUCUGAAAUGGGAGAACUCAGACUCACGCCAGAGGGACGGCCAUUAGCUGGACUGUGUCGCCCUCUACAGGACACCAAGAAACUGACACCUUCAUCUCUUUUUUUUUUGCCUCCAUUAUCAACUGCUUUUAAUUUUCACCUUGUUUAUACACCCACACUCUUGUAUGCAGAGUUUGCAGCUCUACCUACGUGCAUUAUUCCUCCCUCCUCCUGAUGACUGAUAAAGACGACACUGAAGGAGAUUUACUGACCUUGACGCAUGAUGGAAACGAGGGUCGGGAUGAAAGGGAGCCUUUUGAAAGACUGACUGUUUGUUUUCUUUACCAGUCUUUAACUUUGCCACAAGCUGUGUGUUAAACUCAGCCACAGACAUGUAGCCGCUGUACAAAUCCCACCGCUUUUCACUGCUGUGUUUUGUUUCUCCAGUCCAUGUAGAAAACUUUGCCCCCGUGCUUUAAGAGCUCCUGCUGGGAGUUUCAUACCAAAUGUUUUUUUUUUGGGUUUUUUUGUUUUUUCUUUCCACCAGUUGUGGCUCAUUUUUUCCUCAUUAACAUGUUAACUUCCUUCCUGUGCACUUUCCUCAGAUGUCGUGCAAUUCUUAUUGUGUUCCUUGCAGCCAGAUUUUUAUUGUUUUUUUUUAAAGUCUUUUUGUCUUCUUUAUUGUAUGUAUGUAUAUAUAUAUAUAUAUAUAUAUAUAUAUAUAUACUAACCUUCAAUAUAUAUAUAUAUAUAUAUAUAUACAUAUAUUGAAGGUUUGUAUAUGUGUGGAUAUGAGCAGAAAUAGAAAUGGGGGUUUUGGGGGGUUAGUAUGACAUAAUAUAUUAUAGUUAAAAAUAUAUUAGAAUGCAGCUUUUUGCAUUUUCAAGCAUAUCUCUGUAACUCUCACAAAUGCAUUCAUGUUUUUGUCAUACAUAAAACCUGUUUGUUUACCUUUUUUUUUGUAACAUUCUUAUUUGUUUUGCAUUGGUUGCGUCCUACAUGAAUCAUGCACUAGAUGUGUCUAAUAUCCUCACAUUGUACAUCAUCUAUUCAUCAAAAGACUUCUUCCUCUCGAUGCCUUCUUAUAUGUAUUGAAGCUGUAGCAAGAAGUCAAUAUUGUUGUUGAAUUAGAGAAAAAUCUUAUAAAUGUACGUUCUUUUACUUUGCAGUACGGUUAAGUUGCAGCAGCUCCACCUUUGAGGCUGCUGGCGAAAUGUUUAACCAACGUGUUUACAGUGCGCUCGUACACCUGUUAGCCAGUUGAACCCAACACGCUUUCGUGAUGCAUCUGAGACUAUGAGUCCAAACUUUAUCCGCUUCUCAAGUUGUUUGCCAGGUUUUUAAGGCUUAUAAUGUUGCGUAUAGGAGAUGCAAAUAUUGCUUACUGUGCAUAUGUAACAUAUUGAACCUCUGCAACACUGGUUCAGCUUUUACUAUAUACUUAACAUGUGUAAUUGGAAGGGGGAAAAAAACAUUUUGCCAGUAUUUGCAUAAUGAUGGAUAUGCUUUUUCCCAAGAACAUGUGCAGUUUUAGUUUCCUUUUCCUUCAUUUGGCAUGGAAAUCCCAAAAUUUAUUAUGCUGAGGUCGAGUCCUUGGCAGAUUCAAAACCUAUUGUAAAGUGUACAAAUAUUAAAACUUAUAUAAGGGGUUCAAAAAGGGAAUAUGAUGAUAACACCUAAACAUUCACAUGAAACUGUAGGAUUUUUUUAGCCUCUUUAUUUUAAUGCUCCUUCUUUGUUUUU